CUGGUGCAUGGACCAUGGCCUCUCCGGGGCCACCGCAACCCCUCGCCGAGGGUCCACCCUGGCCUUUGAGUGUCCUGCGCAUGCCGCUGGGGCUGCUGCGUCUCGACCCUACAGGCGGCGCGCUGCUGCUGCUGGGCCUGGCCGCGCUACUGGGCUGGAGCUGGCUUCGGCGACAUCGGGCGCGCGGCAUACCCCCGGGGCCCACGCCCUGGCCCCUGAUAGGCAACUUCGGCUACGUCCUGCUGCCGCCCUUCCUCCGGCGGCAGAGCUGGGUGUACCGCCUGGCGAAGGGUGCAGGGAUGGAACCAGCGGCUCUGAGCCCUCAGGUGUUCUUGGCCUACAUGGCUCGCGUGUACGGCAACAUCUUCAGCUUCUUCAUCGGUCACUACCAGGUGGUGGUUCUCAGCGACUUCCACAGCGUGCGCGAGGCGUUGGUGCAGCAGGCCGAGGUCUUCAGCGACCGCCCUCGAGUGCCACUCAUCUCCAUCAUAACCAAGGAGAAGGGUGUUGUAUUUGCACCUUAUGGUUCAGUCUGGAGACAACAGAGGAAGUUCUCUCACUCAACUCUUCGCCAUUUUGGCUUGGGAAAGCUUAGCUUGGAGCCCAAGAUUAUUGAGGAGUUUAAAUAUGUGAAAGAGGAGAUGCAGAAGCAUGGAGAGGACCCGUUCAGUCCUUUCCCCGUUGUCAAUAAUGCCAUCUCUAACAUCAUUUGCUCCUUGUGUUUUGGCCAGCGUUUUGACUACACCAAUAGUGAAUUUAAGAAGAUGCUUCAUUUUAUGUCACGAGGGUUAGAAAUCUCUCUGAGCAGCCAGGUCCUCCUAGUCAACAUAUGUUCCUGGCUUUAUUACCUUCCCUUUGGACCAUAUAAGGAACUCAGACAAAUCGAAAAGGAUAUCACCGGUUUCCUUAAAAAAAUCAUCAAAGAUCAUCGAGAAUCUCUGGAUGUAAAGAAUCCUCAAGACUUCAUCGACAUGUACCUUCUCCACAUGGAAGAGGAAAAAAAAACUAAUAGCAACAGUAGUUUUAAUGAAGAUUACUUGUUUUAUAUGAUUGGGGAUCUCUUCAUCGCUGGGACCGAUACCACCACUAACUCAUUGCUUUGGUGCCUUCUGUAUAUGUCACUAAAUCCUGAUGUACAAGAAAAGGUUCAUGAAGAAAUCAAAAGGGUCAUUGGUCCCGACCGAGCCCCUUCCCUCACUGACAAGGCCCAGAUGCCCUACACAGAGGCCACCAUCAUGGAGGUGCAGAGGCUGACUGUGGUGGUACCACUCUCCAUCCCUCAUAUGACUUCGGAGAACACAGUGCUUCAAGGGUAUACCAUCCCUAAAGGCACAGUGGUUGUGCCCAACUUGUGGUCAGUACACAGAGACCCAGCCUUGUGGGAGAAACCAGAUGACUUCUACCCUAAUCGAUUUCUGGAUGAUCAAGGACAACUUAUUAAAAGAGAAACCUUUAUCCCUUUUGGGAUAGGGAAGCGGGUGUGCAUGGGAGAGCAAUUGGCAAAGAUGGAAUUAUUCCUGAUGUUUGUGAGCUUAAUGCAGAGUUUCACAUUCCGUUUACCUAAGGACUCUAAGAAGCCCAUCCUGACCGGAAGAUUUGGUCUAACUUUAGCCCCACAUCCAUUUAAUGUCAUUGUGUCAAAAAGAUAA